AUGACGUCCCACGCUUCCGUCUCUCAACCCUCCACAUUGGCUCAACCAAUCAACAAAUCCGCUCAUGCCUUUGACAAGGUCAUGUUGGAUGCCAUGUUGGCAAGGAGGUUCUUCUUCGCACCUGCUUUCGAGAUCUACGGUGGUGUCGCUGGGCUGUAUGAUUACGGUCCCACCGGUUCAGCCUUACAGGCUAACAUAUUGGACGCUUGGAGAAAACAUUAUAUAAUCGAAGAAGACAUGUUGGAAUUAGACACCACCAUCAUGACUCUAUCUGAUGUGCUCAAAACUUCUGGUCACGUGGACAAAUUUGCCGACUGGAUGUGUAAAGACGUUCAAACGGGAGAAAUAUUCCGAGCGGAUCAUCUCGUCGAAGCUGUCCUUGAGGCUAGGUUGAAAGGCGACAAAGAAGCUCGUGGUGUCAAAGAAGAAGUCGAAGUGGAGGAAGACGAUAAGAAGAAAAAAAGGAAGAAAAACGUCAAAACUGUGGCUGUGAAGUUAGAUGAUGAGGUUGUAGCGGAGUAUGAAAGUCUCCUCGCACAAAUCGACAAUUACACCGGACCAGAAUUAGGCGAGCUUAUACGGAAACACAAGAUCGUCAAUCCCAGUACGGGGAAUGAAAUGACAGAGCCGGUGGAAUUCAACUUGAUGUUCGAGAGUAACAUUGGUCCCACCGGGCAGAUCAAAGGCUACCUUCGACCGGAAACAGCUCAGGGACAUUUUGUCAAUUUCGCGAGGUUAUUGGAAUUCAAUAAUGGUCGUGUGCCUUUUGCCUCCGCACAGAUCGGUAGAAGUUUCAGGAACGAAAUCGCACCUAGACAAGGUCUACUCCGUGUCCGUGAGUUCACAAUGGCGGAAAUCGAGCAUUAUGUCGAUCCUCUCGACAAACGACAUGCCCGGUUUGCAGAAGUGAAAGAUGUCAAACUUGCUCUUCUCCCCAAAAAUGUUCAAAGUGAGGGGAAAACGGAUAUUACGCAUAUGUCAGUUGGAGAAGCUGUGGCUCAGAAAAUCAUCGACAAUGAGACGUUGGGGUAUUUCCUGGGCAGGACACAAUUAUUCUUGAUUAAAAUCGGUAUUGAUCCCGAGAGAUUGAGAUGUAGACAGCAUAUGGCGAAUGAGAUGGCUCAUUAUGCGGCGGACUGCUGGGACUUUGAAAUUCAAUCGUCUUACGGGUGGAUCGAAUGCGUCGGAUGUGCCGACAGAUCAGCGUACGAUCUCACCGUUCAUUCCGUCCGGACUAAACAACCUUUACGAGUCCAAGUGAAACUUGAUCAACCUCGGGUGGUGGAGAAAUUGGAAUGUACCUUUGACGCUAAAGCAUUCGGGAUGAAGUUCAAGAAAGAAGCUGGGAUGUUGAAGGAGACCUUGGCGGGUAUGGAUAGGGAUCGAUUGCAAUGCGUGAAGGAUGAGCUGGAAACGGGUGUGGCAUCGGUUAAAGGGACCGACGGGAAGUCAUAUGAGAUCAGCUCUGAGUUAUUAAAGAUCGAACCUGUCAUCGUGACAGAGCAUGUGCGCGAGUUCACUCCUAAUGUCAUUGAACCUUCCUUCGGUAUCGGCAGAAUACUUUACUCUCUCCUCGAACAUAGUUAUUGGGCUAGGGAAGCAGACAAAGCUAGGGUGGUCUUGUCUCUCCCGUCGUUAGUCGCGCCUAUCAAAUGUUUGAUCGUCACCAUCUCACAAGAUCCUCAACUUCGAACACUCAUCCAUGAUAUCUCCCAUAAAAUGAGAAAACUUGGCAUUGCUAGCCGAGUAGACGACUCUUCCGCUUCCAUCGGUAAGAAAUACGCUCGUAAUGACGAACUGGGUACGCCGUUCGGAUGUACAGUCGAUUUCGCCUCUCUGCAAAAAGGAACGAUGACUCUACGUGAGCGUGAUUCGACUUCGCAAUUGAUCGGACCUAUCGACACCGUUAUCGACGUGGUGGAUCGAUUGGUGAAGGGAACUAUUGAUUGGCAAGGGGCUACAGAGGUGUUGGAGACGUAUAGUGGUGUGCAGGAUGUUGAAUAAGGAGUAAGAGUACAGAUUGUAAAGUGUAUAGUGUGUGUAAUUCAUUGGAUCAUUAAUCAAAUCUUUUG